AGCUAAACCGUAAAAACGGGGGGUUCUAGGAAUCUUCAUUGUAUUUCCCUUAUCCAGGAGACGUUUAAAGAGUUUGGUUGAAUUUCUGACGAAGGAGGUUACCCAUGUUAUAAGUGAGGGUCCAGAAUGGAAGUUCCUCCUGGUUUCAAAUGGAACUAGUUGUGGUCCCCCUUCUCCCUGGACUCCUGGAGCUACUCCUUCCCCAUCUGCAUCUUGGGAUGGUGAUAAGAGUAAGAAAGUAAAAUCUCGCGCUGAUCAUAUGCUAAACGCAACCAGAACUCCUGAGAGAUCUGCAGGAUGUAGUGACGUUCUAGAGAUUGCAAAGAAGUUCAAGUGUCAUAUUUGGUCACUUAACAAAACUCUAGCUUGGCUCACCAAGUUUAAAUCCAAGUACGGAAAUAUUCACUCAGGACAAAAACCGAGUCAGGUUAAACACAAGGAAAGAGAUCUCAGAGAUCCUUUCCUCAAGCUAGACAGUUCUAUUAGAUACGCUAGACCUUCUUUCUCGGAGUUUAAAACCUGGCCGAGAAUAAGUUUAGACGGUUGGGCAGGCUCGUCACCGUUUAGUGAACAACGAAAGAAACAGAAAAAGAAAAGUUUCCCCGGUCGUUUUGAGCCAAACCGUCAGAAGGAAGAGGAUCCUAGUCUACGUAAGAAAGAGUGUUCGAAGAAAAAAGACGGAGGUUUUUGUGAAAUCUGCAAUAAAUCAUUCAGUGCACUAGAUUCGCAUCUGAGGGGAGAGUUGCACACGAAGUUUGUUCAGGAUAUUAAUAAUUGGAUGGAAGUUGACUGCAAGGUGGAUACAACCCAACCUUCAGCACGCAGUAUACUAUUCUGAUCCUAGAGCGCUCACUCAUGUUCUUCAAACCUUGGUUGUUAUGAAAUCAAAACUUGAAUUGUGUGUAAGAUGCCAACCAGAACUGAAUUGAUUAUUUCGAUUGGGGAAGUUUUGGAAUGUCUCCCGCCUGGCAAAGCUUAUCGUAGAAAAAGAUAUAAUUCCUUUGAUGCGAACAAAGCCCUGGAGUCGGGUAACGAGGAGAACGUGGCGCCCCUGGCUGAAACAGGUCCCAGAUGUGACCUUAGCGAAAUAGGGAUGAAGUCGAGAGAAAAUGGAAUUCUUGAAACUGAAGCAGAACCACAGGUUUUGACGAUCCGUCGGAAAACCCGAGGGUCCGAGGAUGAAUCAAGGAAGGAUUCAACGGACCCCGUAGACGAGGAUGAUGAAGUUUCAUUUAAUCCGGACACAGUGAACACUUUAGUGGAGAAUGGGAUUACAAAUGGUGAUGAAUCGACUGGUAAAUCAAAGAGUAAACGUAAAUCCUCUGCGGAAAAGUUCUUAGAAGACAAUGCUAGUUAUUUCCAAUUAGAAGUUUUAUCUUCGAAAACUAGGUCGAGCAAAACUUUUGAAAUAAAUGGUGAGACGAGUGAAAAGGAACCUGUAGGAUUCCAUAAUUCAUUUCUAGACUUUCUUAAGUCGAAAGGAGUAGAAGGGAAAGAUGAGGAACCCGGAGAACGAUCAAGAUCACGUCACAAGUCCGGGCCGUCGGGAGGAAUACAGCGGAAAUCUCGACCACGGACCUCGAGCUGUCGGCAUAGUCCUGUUAGAUCAGAUAGUGAGGAUAGUGUUCGAGCACCCCGCUCUAGAUCCCAGUAUAGUAAAGUGAGAUCAAGAACUAAACGAUCAAGGUCACGUGAUUAUUCUCCCAGUGAAUCCGAACCUGAAGUAUCCAACGGUAAACUGGUCUUGAGUAGAAUUAGGAAGAAAGAAAAAACUCCCUCGAAAUGCAUUGAUUCCAGUGAUGACGAAAGUGAGGGUAGCUACACUAAAUCCACGAGAUCAAGAACCAAGACGGAUUCCGUUUGUUCUCCGUCUCCUGGGAAGAAAUCUCGAAGAUCCGAGUUAGAUAAACUCCUUGAAGCUGUUGAUACUUCCUUUCAUUUUGAAACAGCAGCUGCUGCUGCUAAACGUAUUAGUGGAUCUCAAGAACUUGGCCCUCUAGAGAUUGACGUAUCUGAUUCAAAUAUUGAAAGCGGAGACGAGAAAGAAUCAGUUUCUAAAAAUAAGAAAAGGAAACAUAGCGAGAGCGACACAGAACCUGAAGGAAAGCGUAAAAAGAAGAAGAAUGGAAGUGGAGAUCUACUGAAAACCUUCAGUCCUCGUUUGAACAAAAAAUCUCCCAAAGUCAACAAAGAUUCAGACCAUGAGAUUGAAGAGACGGGAGAGGUUUGGAAUGGAUGGGAGACAUUAAAUCAAACCUUAGCAGCCACUGAUUCUCUACCAGUAGAGGCGGAUAAACUUCAUUUCUCUUUUGAAGCCACCCCUUUCCACGAGUCUUGGUUCCAGACAUAUAGCCGGCAGGACCGCGGUGAAGAUGUUGUAUUUUAUCCGGAAUCUAAAAGUUUUCCAUUUAUGCUUCCAUACGAGCUUCCUUAUUCAACCUUCAUGCCGUACAAGCCGGAGGGUAAACAAGACGAGAACUUGAAGAAGAAAGGUGUAAAAAAGAAUCUUCUCGGAGACUCGGAGGAUACUCUGCCAUUGAAGAAGAAGAAGAAAAAAGUUUCUGAAUGUGAAAGUACUGACAGUGAGAACAACAAGAAAGGAAAGAGUAAACUGGGUCCGAAGGCUGAUCAUCUCCUGGAUCUUCAUCCGAGAAUUAGUCCGAGGUGUCACGCUUCGACAAAGGUGAUAUCAGGGGCAAUCCUUCACGAAGGUCCCCAUCUUACAGACGAGGAGCUUGCGGAAGCUCUUCUUAUUCAGGAUGAGAGGGACUUCCACUUCCCCAGCUUUGUACCCUUCCUUAAUCAUGAUGAAACCUCGAACGAUUCUCUUGCCUCUGCCAAACAUUUUAAGCGUGAGAAUAUCGCCGACUUUGUCCAAAUAGCGUCCAGUAUGGAUCGGUAUCUUAGAAACACGGAGACACUGACCGAGGUUGAUCUUUCUGCUGUUGCCACGCCUUCUAAGUUAAGCCAAGAGAAAGGGUCUGACAAGGUUACAGUUCCAACUCGGAGUAGGAUAUCGUCAGAGGAACUUCUUAAAACUAUGAAGGACAAACCUAAGAAGAAGAAGGAUAAGUUGUUAAAUGGAAAUGUUGUUCUUGACCAAGUUGUAGCGGACCAUGUCGAUGCAAUACUGCUCGACUGUUUAGAGGAAGAGCUUCCUACAAUUCCUUUCGAGUCCGAGGAGAGAGAAACCAUCUCACUGUUGGACUCCUAUCAGUCCUGUAACUCAAUGAAUGUUUGCAAUUCUCGAUGGCUCCGCCCCUCCCGACCAUCCGUCCUUGGUAACCAGAAAGAUGGUUCUACUUCUCUUCCUAGAAAAUCUGUUUUCCCUUUCAAACCUAAACGCCUAGUGAUAUAUAAAGAAGACCUACCAGGGUUUAAAUUUGAUAAUGAUAUUGAAACUGAGAAGCUUCCUGUAAGUAAAAGAUUCCUUGCCAAGUCCGCACAACAGGAAGAGGCAGACUCAGGAGAAGAGAAGGAGGACGAAGAUGAAAGUAAAACUGUUAAAAAGGAGAAAAAGGUUGUUAAGAAAUCAAUAAAGAAAGAGGUGUUUAUAUCCCGGAAAGAGAAAUUAAAGGUUGAACCUAAAGAGGAGAAGGAUGAAGAUGAUGUAUCUCUGCCAGAUUCUUCAGCUGAACCUUCUCCAAGGGCUAAAACGAAAAGUAAACCAAAUAAAACCGGAUUAACUGUCACUAAAAACAAAACAAAACUAAAACCGGAUGCUGUUGUGACGAAGAAAACUAAAAAGGUUUCAACUGAGAAGAAAAGUCCAAAUGAGAAGAAGACUGAGAAAAAAGUAAAAGAAUCUGUUCAGCCAAAGACGGAUAAGUUGAUGACCAAAAAGAAAUCAGGUUCCCCUCGCUCCUCCAGUUCAAGGCAAGUGGAGGGAAGAAGAACUGCUUUGCAAGCCAAAAAUUACAGCGAAAUUGAAUCAGAUACGGAGAGCUUGUUUGAGAGUAAAGUUCCAUACAGAAGUCCUCACAUGAAACUGCUAAAGCAGAAACCAAUAUCAUCCAAAUCUAAAACAAGAACGAAAUGAAUUUAUAUUAAGUCCAUUUGUCAUACGUAACUUAAUUAUGGUAACAUAUAUUUGUCCCACUGUUGAUAAAUGAGAUAUAAAUGUACUUAAACUUUGGGAA